UAAUAUCAUCACCGGCCCAGACGUCAUUCACUCCUUUGAAUUGUGCUGGUAGCAGUAAGGUGUCAUUAUUUGAGAUGGUCACAGUAUCCAAUACACUGAAGUCACAGGACUCAAAUUUCAUACAUGUUCACAGGGUCUCUGCCAGAAUCUUUUGAGGAUUUUUCCUCUGCUAGAGCAUCCAUGGAUGCAAUUGAAACAACCCAGGACAUCCCAACACAUAUGGAUAAUCAGGCCAUGGCCUACAGUAUGUACAAAAGUUGCCAUACUUUUAAAGCAGUAACUUGCGUGCCUCCAAAUGGUGCACUUACAUUUUGCUCCAUGCUGUACCCAGGUUCUACUUCUGAUGUAGCUAUUGUACGUCACAGCCAAGUUUUACGAAAGUUCAAAGCUGGAGACCUUAUUUUGGUGGUUAAAGGUUUCACCAUUCAUGACCAAUUGCCCCAGGGUGUCUGCUUAAUUAUAAAAGCUCUUUUAUCGACACGAGGCCAGUUUACCAUACAAGAAGCAGCACUGCACUGUGUUUCAAGAUUGCUAAAGCACUUAUUCAUGUGGAAAGAGCCAACGAGAGGAUAAAGAAUUACGAGAUUCUCCGUUACAUACCAUCUACUUACAGACCAAUCUCAACAAAAAUAUUUCAACUCUGUUCUUGUCUUGUAAACUUGCAAGCUCCACUUUUGAAAGAAAUUACUUAAAGAUACAUGUACUUAUUAUAAAUUUGCAUUGGCGUGUGACAGUAUACACUAAACAGUGAAGAUAUUCAUACCAAAGUGCAAGGGAUAAGCAAAUUUUGAUUUGUUAUCAAUGUCAAUGGUUAUAUUUGUUAAUUUUGUAGUAUGUUGUAAUACAUGUACUUCAGAAAAUGAAAAUCCCUUUUGUUAGCAUGGAUUUAUUACAAGAAUGUUUGGCAAUUCCAUUCUUCAUUUGACAAUGUAAUUUGGAAGAGGGUUUACUUAUAAUUUUAAAUCUCUAGUUUAAAGUAUAUUUACCUUUAAAGCACAACUCAACAAAUUCAUGUUUUCAACAAUUUAUCUAUUAAGAAAGACAAAAAUGUUACAUUUUCACUUUGAGAAUAACAUCUUCAAUUCAUUAAUAAAAUGAUUCUAAAUUUU